AUGGAUACUCAACCAAAUAGAGAAACAACAACUAGUUCAUUAUGUGUUCGAUCUCAUAAUGAUCGCUACCUAUUUAUUCGUCUGCUGAUUGAUGCUGGAGCAAAUGUAAAUCAAUCUGAUCCACGUACAAAAUCUACGCCAUUACAUAUGAUCGCUGACUGUGCAGACGUUGAUAUUGCAAGACCUAUCAUUGAACUUCUCUUGGCUGCGGACGCUCACAUUGAUUGUAUCGAUUAUCGAAAUUGUCGACUGGAAGAUCGAGCAUGCACACUUGAGAUCAAAGAACUUCUACGAACAAGUCAAAAGCUUUCGCUAAAAUAGCUAAGCUCAUGUGCUAAUGUUUGUGGACGUUGGAAGUCAAUCAUUACCAAGUCUUCACUACUUUCAUUCGAUAUUGCGAAAGACAUUGAAAUAUCAGAUCGUAGUUUAACAUUUCGUUUUAUUCCAAAUUUAACUGCGAUUUGUCUUCUUCUGAAACGUGAUCGUGAUGCAUUUGAAAUGGCUCAAAAAUUUAUUCAAUUACAAGCUAAAACAUUAGAAAAAGUAAUUCUAGACUCAUCUCUCAAUGUUCAUCAUGAUCGAAGCGAAAAUCCUGCUAAAUGA